GUCAACAUCUGCUCUCGUGUGUAAUAUAUUCUUUAAGUUUUCUCUCUUCAAAAAAAAAACUUUUUGUAUGCCGGUUGUACACAAAAGAUAAUAAUAUAAGAGAGUUAUAUUAUAUGAAGAAAGAAAAAAUGCCAAGGACUUUGUGAAAGAAAUACUCAUAAAAGAACAUAAAUUAAUAUAAAAUAAAUUCUAGAUGAAAUAAAAUCAUAUUAAAAUUGAUAAAAACUAAGGAUAAAAAAAAAAUAAGUGAAAAUGGAUUUAUGAUAGCACCUAAAUUCUCUUAAAAAAUAAUUCAAAGAGAAUCUAAAACUUAGAAAGAUAAUUUCUUAAGAAAAAAAAAAAAUUCGUGUAGUGUAAAAUUUAAGAAUUUUUAUAAAAAAAAAUAUAUAUAUCAAAAUGUUGGACGGUGUUAAUGAAUACGAUUUAGAAUUAUGUGAAUGCACAAGAUUGAUCUCAAACACAUUCACUAUUGAUUCCGCUGGAAUAUCACCCGCAACACGACAAAUUCAACAACAGUCUCGUGGAGUUCAACGAAGACGCAACACAAUUCCACAACAUAUUAAUUUUGACACCAAAUGUGACUCCCCAAUUAAAGGAAAUAUGGAUAGUGAGGAAGACAUUUCGUUCUACUCUUCAAACAGCCCAGCAUCGAGUCCGCGACAUUGCGCCACUCUUCCAUGUCAUAACGAUGAUAUUGGAUAUUUAUCACCUGGAACUAGUCCGUCAAUUUUUACAAUUGAACAUAAUGCAAUGCAUUCAAAUAGUCACGAAUCAAUGUCCAUGCAAUCGGAUAUUGGCAAUAAUAGUAAUAAUAGAAGAAAUCAUUCAUCAUCAACAUCAUCGUUUAAUUUCCUUAAACCUAAAUGUCCUGAAAGUUUUUCUAUUGAUUCACCAACAAACCUUCAUCGUACACCUUCAAAAUUCUCAUUAACAUCAAAUGGAAGUAGUCGGAUGGGCAAUGGUUUUAAAGUUUUCCAUAGCCUCUCAUCAGGAUCAAAUGAAUCAAUGGAUCCAGAUGAUGACUAUAUGGAACUUAUGGAAAUGGAAAAUAUGGAUGAAGAUGCCCAAAUGCCAAAUGAUCUCAAUUCAUUAUUUUGUAAAGAUAUUAAAAAUUCCAGAACGCCUGAAAUGAAAAAGCCAAAUACAUUUGUAAGAAAAUGUCUAAACAUGGACACAUCAACAAAUUCAUCAAUUAGCAACCUUUUCAAUAGUCCUUCCACCCCAAAAUCAAGUACAAUUACAUCACUAAUAACAACACCAGAGCGGCAAUGUCUAGCUACGAUAAAUGACAAUAUAACACCAUUUGGAAGCAUUCGUAAUCCAAGUACAGGUGCUUUCAAACGACCUGAACCACCAACAAUCAGCCCUGUUCAAAGUAAACGAUACAAAUGUGAAAAUUCAGUUUCAAGUUCAGCAACAAUUGUUUCAAUAAAUCAAUCACCUUUACAACCAAAGAGACCAAUUCUUAGGAAGUCUGUAUCAAUGAAUGAUUCAGCAAUAAUCAUGAGUGCACUUUCACGUUCUUCUGAAGAGAAGAACUUAAUUGGAGAUUUUAGUAAAACAUUUUGUCUUCCACUCAUUGAUGGACGACAUACAGAUCUCAAAUCAAUAUCUGCCGAAACAAUGCGCAGAUUACUUCAAGGUGAAUUUGAUGACUCUGUAGCUUCAUACAAAGUUAUCGAUUGCCGUUAUCCAUAUGAAUUUGAAGGUGGCCACAUUAGAGGCGCAUUAAAUUUAUGGACACAAGAACAAAUAAUCGAAGAAUUAGUAAGCAAGAAGACAGAAACACCUGCUGUUGAUGGUGAUGGACAAAAACGAAAUAUUCUGAUAUUCCAUUGUGAAUUUUCAUCAGAACGUGGUCCAAAAUUAUCACGAUUUUUAAGAAAUCACGAUAGAAUGUCCAGUCCAUAUCCUGCAUUGCAUUAUCCAGAAAUUUAUUUGCUCCAUAAUGGCUAUAAAGAAUUCUUUGAGACUAACAGCAAUUUGUGUGAACCACAUGCCUACCGACAAAUGUUAGACUCUAACUUCAGCAAUGAAUAUAAACUUUUCCGUGCAAAGUCAAAAAGUUGGGGAGGUGAUGCGCGAGCACCAGGAACAGUUCGCCUGACAAAGUCACGUUCACGUUUAGUGUUGUGAUUUUUCACACAUUUAAAUGUAAAAUAAAAAAAAAAUCCUAAGUUCCUUUUGACGGGUUACAAUUGAUGGAUGGGAAGACUUCCUUGCAUGGAAUUUAAUUCUACUCAUGUCAUACACGUUUUAUGGAAAAAAAAUCUGCUCAAUCAUUACUUAUUGGGUCAUUAUUAGAUUAGUCAAGGGAAACAAAAUAAUGACUGCAUAAGAUCGAUUAAGAUAUUUAAGAAGAAAAUGGGUUGUUGUUGUUGUGUGUUGGAUAUAUGUAAACUGUAUAUAUGUGAUGAUUUUUAUAGAUGAUUGAGAAGCAUAGAUAAAAAAUUAAAUUGACGCAAAAAAUCAGGAAAUAGGAAGUUUAAUUGAUUUAAAUUUUAUCAUGAUGUUAGAUUAAAGGUACGAAAAAGGUUUAAAAAAAUUAAUUUUAACUAAUUAGCGUAAUUUAUUGAAAAAAAAACACACUAAAUUGAGAUACAUUUGAAGUAAACUCAAAAUUUAAUUUUUUAUCUGUGAUUUUAGUAUUAAUGGUAAAAUUUAGAGAUUUUUGACACACACAAAAAUGCAAUGUUUAAAUUACAUUUAGCACAAAAAAUGCAAAGUAAUUAAAUUUAUAUUUUUUUUAUAUUAAAAAUAAAAAUGAAAAGAACAAUAUUUGUUGAGGACAAUAUGCUUCUCUCAUAACAAUUUAAACACUGAUUAUCAUUUAAUAAGUUUCUUUUAUUAUUUCUUUAGUUUAUUCUUUGUUGAAUAAAUAAACUUUUAUUGAAGAUGGAUCUUUAUUCAAAAAUUCUGAUUAUGAUUUUAUUUUUGUUUUCUUUAUUAUUUUUAUUAUUUUAACUUUAUUAUUUAUCACAAACUUACCAACAAAAUGUGCAAAUUCAUUGAAUUUUUUUUAAAUAAAUUUUUAAAAUUUCUUUCAUUAAUUUAAAAUUUUUAAAAUUUAGAAAAAUUUGAAAUGCCACAAAAUUUUAAUUAAUAAUACAUGAUUUAAAUGAAAAAUAUAACACAAUAGCCACAUAAUUU